AUGCGAUCGUGGAAGACGGUGGUAUCACGGGGAAUAUGUGCUAUGUUCGGCAACCGUUGCUGUUCCUUGCUUCAUCAUCCAUUAUUCCCAAUGGAAAUUAUUUCUGCUAUACUGAUUAUUUUAAUAACUAUCAACAAUGGUACUCAGGUGGAAGCUAUACAAUCCCUUAAUUCAUUCCCAUCAUCGUCAUCAUCAUCAUCAUCAUCAUCAUCUUCUACGGUAAUAUCCUCAGACCGCUAUGGUUCAGAAGAUAUUUCAGCUGGAAUACGAAUACGACGAAAUGCUAGUGAUUAUUUUAUUCAACGAUUACAUGCUUUAAGACAAGGUAGAAAAUUGGAUGUAAAUAUUGUUCAAAAUGAUGAUGAUAUAAGAAGUAAACAAAGAUUUGUAGAGAAUGAUAUAUUAUCGAUUGAUCAAAGCAUUCAAAAUAAUGAUGAUCGAUUCUUGAGCCAAACAAUUACUACUACUACUACUACUAGUACUAUUAGUACUACUAUUGUUGAAGAUGAACAACAACAACAACAGCUAUUGCAACAACAAUCAAAAUUACUUCAACAAACACAGAAUAUAGAAUUAGCUAAUUCACCUUCAAUUUCAAAAUUAAUUCCAUCAAAUUUUCCAAGGUUAAAAAAUCGACAGGAUUGCAACGAUAGCGAUUGUUUAAAAAAUAAUGAUGCGAUAUCAUUAUAUAUACCACAAGAUAAUAGCACCAGUGAUGGACAAUUGCCACCAUUACUUCUGCUAAGCAAUAAUCCUUCAAAUAUUAAUAGCCGAAGAGAUCGUAAUCCUCAACAGGGUACUACAUUAAAACUUUCUAAAUUGCAUACCGGGAUUAAGGUACUAGAAUCGGAUGUUCAGCAAUUUCAAAAGCCAGUCUUAUUACCUCCUUCAUCAGAUCCUUCCUAUCAUAUUUCACAAAUGAACUCAAGAAAUCAUGGUGAAUAUACUGGUGUAAAAUUAACCGAAGUUGGACCAAUACCACCAUUUGCCGGUGGUGCCGAAUUGACUGAUUUCAUACAACCGCUUGAUACAACAUUGCAAACUCAUCGUAUAUAUGAAAAUAUCAUUCCAAAUCAUAUUUCAUCUAAUAAUUUAUAUGCCAAAAACAAGUAUUAUUUAUUAUCAGCACCUGGAAAUCGCGGUAUCUAUAAUGAUUUUCACUCAGUACCAUUGAUACCAUUCAAUCCAAAAUUGGGGAUUUAUGAAUCAGUAACUACCUUACCAUCUAUUCCUUCUAUUCAUUCUACUUAUUCUGCUCAAAUUAUCAAUCAUCCUACAUUAUUAUCAUCAUCAUCAUUACAUUAUGGUUCACAAUAUGAUUUGCAGUCGAGUGUAACACAAGAUGCUGCCACAUCCGAGGAUUCAUUCAAUUCCAGAAAUACUGAUAUCAAUACUUAUCCAUCAGUACAACUUACUACAACUAAUUAUGAAACACAAUUAGCAGAUGGUAAAAAUCUCGGCCCAGCACCUCCGGCAGCAAUGCCUAUUAUUGAUUAUUCUGAUGAACAAAAGCAAAUUGCUGAUAUUAAUUUUGAUAGCACAGAACAAAAUUCGAGAGUUUCAACUGAUUGUGCUAAUAUCAUGACAACUGUAAGUGUGGAAAACGAUGAAACAAAUUAUGCAGCAAAUAUAGAAUACACAUUUGCUACUACAUCUGAACCUAUAAUAACUGAUACAACUGCUACUAGUACUGUCACACCUGUCACCUCUCCUUGUCUCAUGCAAAUACCACAUGAAAAUCAGCAAACAUUUCCGGUAAAUGCAAUUUCAACAAUUUCAAUUAAUGAAAUAUUAUUGGAAGAAGGACGAAGUACAACGAUUGAAAAUACUGCUGAAAAAUAUGACACAACAACAACAACAACAUUGACAACAACAGAUUUGGAAUUAGUCGAUGAUCAUUCAUCAAGCAUUAAAUUUACUAUUAAACCAUUAUUAGCUGCAGUAAACAAUACUACGCUAUCGUUACAUCAAACAACAAUUAUUCCUAAGACUGAGACAGAAUCAGAAAUAGAAAUGAAACAUAAAAUGGAUGAAAUGGAAAUUAUCAAUAAAAAUAGUACCAUAAUUUCUCAACCAUUACAAAUAUCAACACUGUCUUAUCCAUCAUUAUCAUCAUUAUCACCAUCAUUAUCAUCAUCACUAUCAUCAUUCAAUAUACACAAUGUAAUCGAAACAACUUCAGUACCCUUACAUAGUACCACAGUAUCUACUGGAAUUGUUCUUAAUCGUUUACGUGGUAAAGCUCGUCUAAUCUGUAAAGAGGAUGGUUUACAGUUCGAAAUUACCACAUUAUUUCCAUUUACCGGGCAAAUUUUUGCUCAUAAUCGAAAACCUGCUGCUGAAUGCUAUUUUACGUUUAAUGAAGCAAAUUUGAUUAGAGUGACAAUGCCAUAUUCUACAUGCGGUAUGCGAAAUAGCGGAGAACAACGACCAGAAACUCAAUAUCAUAUGCAAAUUAUUGUUAUUUUUCAACAAAAAGACAAUACAAGCACAAUGCAAUCAUUUCUAACCCAAUGUGUUCAUCAAAAAGUACAAUAUCAGAAGCAAAUAAUACCGAAACAUAUUGAAGAAGCAUUGGAAGAAUUACGCUUAAUACCAAUGAAAUUGGAGCAUAAAGCGCAAAUUCCGGAAUGCAUGAUGCGAAUUGUCACCGAAGAAGAACACGGACACGGUGAUGAUGGCACUGAAGUAGACGUUGUCAACCUUGGUCAACCGAUGAGGAUCGAAUGGAGUUUACUACCCGAAUCAGAUGCUUACGGUUUUCAUGUACGGAAUUGCACAGUUCGGGAUACGGUUAGUAAUGACGAAUAUAUGGUGAUCGAUGAACGAGGUUGUUCAACAGAUAUCAAUAUCUUCAGUCAUCCACACUAUGAUACAUAUCAUGAUACAGCACAAGUUCAUUGGCAUGCAUUUAAGGUACCAGAUAUUAAUCAGUUAAAUAUCAAAUGCUCAAUCGAAAUAUGCACUGAUAUUCCGGAUACUAUAUCCGGUUUAACAAGUUGUGAUAGUAUACCAUCUCCACCGUUUUGUCCGGAUUUGAUAACAUCAGCUACAAAUGCCCUGUUAUCCGAUCAAGAAGUAAAAGUGAUCAGGAAACGACGAGAACACAAAUCAUCUCAGCAACAUGUUUAUGCUGAUAUUUGUUUCGGUGAUAAGAAAGAUGAAUAUUGUAAUUCGAAGAAUUAUCGAAUAGAUCACGAAAGGCAUAUAAAUAUGCUAAAGGAUAAUUCGUCGAAGCAAUAUUGCUUAUCUCGCUUAUGGUUAACUAUUUGGACGGGUUUAUCAGCAUUAACAGCGUUACUGGCGAUUAGUGUUUACGGGUAUUGUCGUUAUUCUCGACGACCACAACAGUAUGGAGCAAUUAAAUUAGCAAUACACUGUUCAAAGGUAACAGUAGUAAAGCAACAACAACAACAACAACAAUAA